CGCAUGCGCGCUACGUGCACUUCCUAUUGUCAGUGUUUGUAGUAUUUGUACACAUCCAUGUCGCUUGAAAUUACUGUAUUUUUUGCCUCUGCUCACAUCUCGUUACUUCAUGCUUACUUUCCUUUUCUCCGCCGUUUUUUGCGCCACAUACCUGUCUCCGAUCAUCAGUCAUGUUAAAGGCAGAGAUUUUACUGAGCAGGAAAUGUCCCAUUACAGGGACAGAAUAAAGUCCAUGUUUUAUCAUGCAUACAACAGCUACUUGGAGAACGCGUAUCCUUAUGAUGAGCUGAGGCCGCUGACCUGUGAUGGGCAGGACACAUGGGGCAGUUUCUCCCUCACACUCAUUGAUGCUCUGGACACACUGCUGAUAUUGGGAAACCACACAGAGUUCCAGCGUGUGGCCGCUCUGCUCCAGGACACGGUUGAUUUCGACAUUGAUGUAAAUGCAUCUGUGUUUGAGACCAAUAUACGAGUGGUCGGUGGGCUCCUCUCGGCUCAUCUGCUCUCCAAGCGUGCCGGGAUGGAGGUGGAGGAGGGCUGGCCCUGCUCCGGACCCCUCCUGCGCAUGGCAGAGGACGCUGCCCGCAAACUCCUGCCUGCUUUCCAGACACCCACAGGGAUGCCAUAUGGCACAGUGAACCUGCUGAGGGGGGUGAACCCCACCGAGACCCCAGUCACCUGCACUGCUGGAGUGGGCACCUUCAUCCUGGAGUUCUCCACCCUCAGCCGACUGACUGGAGACCCCGUGUUUGAGAACGUGGCUCGCAAAGCUCUCAGGGCCUUAUGGAGAACACGCUCAGAUAUUGGCCUGGUGGGCAACCAUAUAGAUGUCAUAACCUCUAAGUGGGUGGCUCAGGACACAGGGAUCGGGGCGGGAGUGGAUUCAUACUUUGAGUAUCUGGUAAAGGGGGCCAUUAUGCUGCAAGACGAGGAGCUGCUGACAAUGUUUAAAGAAUUUGAUAAGUCCAUAAAGAACUACACUAAGUUUGAUGAUUGGUAUCUGUGGGUGCAGAUGCAUAAGGGAACAGUAUCAAUGCCUGUGUUUCAGUCUCUGGAGGCGUUCUGGCCUGGACUGCAGAGUAUGAUAGGUGAUAUUUCCAGUGCCACAAAGACCUUUCAUAACUACUACAGCGUGUGGCGGCAGUUUGGAGGACUACCAGAGUUCUACAGCAUUCCUCAAGGUUACACAGUGGACAAACGAGAGGGAUAUCCUUUGCGCCCAGAGUUGAUUGAAAGUGCCAUGCAUCUGUAUAAGGCCACCGGUGACCCCACAUUCAUACAGCUUGGCCGGGAUGCAGUCGAGUCAAUUGACAAAAUCAGCCGGGUCAACUGUGGCUUUGCUACUGUGAAGGAUGUAAGGGACCACAAGUUGGACAACCGCAUGGAGUCCUUCUUCUUGGCCGAGACCAUUAAAUACCUCUACCUCCUCUUCGAUCCUGAAAACUUUCUCCAUAACACGGGCACAGAGUUCGAGCUGGGCGGCCUGCAGGGUGACUGCAUACUCAGCGCGGGCGGCUACGUGUUUAACACGGAGGCUCAUCCGCUCGACCCCGCCGCGCUCCACUGCUGCAGCCGAUAUCAGGACGAGCGCAGGGAACUACGGGACAUACUCCUCAGCUUCUCAGAACCACUCAGGCCUCCAACGGACCAAUCAGAGGAGACGCCCGGCGCCGGCGGCUCACAAGAGAGCAUUGCACUGAAGCCGGGAGAGAGGAGAAAAGCCCGGGUGCUCUCCUGUCCCACACAACCCUUCAGUGCCAAACUGGCUGUCAUGGGUCAAGUCUUCUCUGACAACUCUUGAACGGACUUUCUCGCUGUCAAAAGUGUGUAAAGAUGUAGAUUAUGUUUGUAAUUUAACUUUGGAGAGAUUAAAUGUUUUUCUAAAUA